CUUGUAUCCUUAGGCUCCAAGUGGCUCCAUCUGGAACCCAGGUCUGAGGGGUCCACUACAAGCCUUGUUGUGAAGUCACCUCACUGAUGCCAAGUUGUAAGAAGAGUGGAAGCAGAGAAUGAAGGAAGAAAAUGCUUGAGGUUUGGCUGAAUGCUUCCUCCCAGUGGAAGGAAAAUUAAAGAAAGUUGCUCCAGUUUAGGCCCAGUGGAUGGCUGAUAACCCACAGAAAGGGCAGACUGUCAUCUGAGCUCGGCCUGUCCUGCUGUCUUCUCUCUCCAGAGAGCAUCCUUCAUCCUGAUAAACGGGCUGUGAGCUGAGCACGUGACUGAGCUCCUUAAGACCUGGGUCUUCAGCUUCCUGCCCUCACCUUAACUGGAAACUGGGUAAAAGUCACAUCAAGAGGAGUUCUGAAAAUGGCAUGUGGAUGAAAAGGGAGCCUCUUGGAGACUCUGGUGGCUGAAGAUACGCGUCAGUCAAGGAAUUGGAUUUCCGUAUACCAAAAAGCCAUUGCUGGCUGAGCAGAACAAGAUGUGGACUCACCAAACUCAACAACCUGCUUUUCUCACAAGAAAGUAUUAAUUGCAUCUGGAGAAGUAGCUCCUCUGCCAGCCUUCCAAGAAGCUCAAUGCCCAUUGGCUCUUCCUGCGUCCAAUGAGAGACUGCGCCCUGCGCCGGUAGGUGGGACCCUCUUUGGCGGCAGUUGCCAGGAAACCGCGUCAACAUCAGAGAGCUGAGCCUCUGCUUUGGAAGCGGGAGGUGGUGGCCGCUGGAGCACGAGAGGGAAAUUUUCGUCUGCCAAGAUGGCUUCUAAAAGGAGAGCUAUGAACUUCAGUGAAAGACAUCAGAAAUUAGUAGAUGUAAACUACUGCAAGAAAUUGCAUGUCCAAUCACUAAGAAAGAUACAGAAUCAAGUCAGGGACCAAAUGGUGCAGAACGAAAAUGAUGACCGUGUGGAGCGCAGGAGAUUCCUCAGAUUAUUACAGAAUGAACAAUUUGAGUUGGAUAUGGAAGAGGCCAUUCAAAAGGCAGAAGAAAACAAAAGAUUGAGGGAACUUCAGAUUGAACAAGAAGAAAAAUUGGCUAUGGAAUUGGCCAAACUAAAACAUGAAAGUCUAAAGGAUGAAAAGAUGAGGCAACAAGUAAGAGAAAACAGUAUUGAGCUCAGAGAAUUGGAGAAGAAAUUAAAAGCAGCUUACAUGAAUAAAGAAAGGGCAGCUCAGAUUGCAGAGAAGGAUGCCAUUAAACAUGAGCAAAUGAAACGUGAUGCUGAAAUAGCCAAAAUCAUGAUGGAAGAACACGAGAGAGCAAUAAAGGAAGAGAAUGCUGCAGAGAACAAACGGAAUAAAGUAAAAGCACAGUAUUAUCUUGACUUGGAGAAACAACUUGAGGAACAAGAAAGGAAAAAGCAGGAAGCUUAUGAGCAGUUACUGAAAGAGAAACUCAUGAUUGAUGAAAUUGUUAGGAAAAUCUAUGAAGAAGAUCAAUUGGAAAGACAACAAAAGUUAGAAAAAAUGAAUGUAACUCGAAGGUACAUAGAAGAGUUUCAGAAAGAGCAGGCUCUCUGGAGAAAAAAGAAACGUGAGGAGAUGGAAGAAGAAAACAGAAAAAUCAUAGAGUUUGCCAACAUGCAGCAACAAAGAGAAGAAGAUCGAAUGGCAAAAGUUCAAGAAAAUGAGGAAAAAAGGCUGCAGCUUCAGAAUAUGCUGACUCAGAAAUUGGAAGAAAUGCUGCGGCAACGUGAAGAUUUGGAACAAGUGAGACAAGAAUUAUACCAGGAAGAACAAGCUGAAAUACAUAAGAUGAAACUAAAAGAGGAAGCAGAAGAGAAAUUAAGAAAGCAAAAGGAGUUGAAACAAGAUUUUCUAGAACAAAUGGCCCUGAAGGAACUAGUACUCCAGGCUGCAAAAGAGGAAGAGGAGACCUUUAGAAAAGCUACGCUAGCUAAGCUUGCUGAGGAUGAUCGAAUAGAACUGAUGAAUGCUCAGAAGCAAAGAAUGAAGCAGCUAGAACACAGGAGGGCUGUGGAAAAGCUUAUCGAAGAGCGUCGCAACCAGUUCCUUGCAGACAAACAACGUGAACUGGAAGAAUGGCAGUUGCAGCAAAGACGACAAGGAUGUAUUAAUACAAUUAUUGAAGAAGAAAGACUAAAACUUCUCAAAGAACAUGCUACAAAAUUACUAGGAUAUCUUCCUAAAGGAGUAUUUAAAAAGGAGGAUGAUAUCGAUAUGCUUGGUGAAGAGUUUAGAAAAGUAUAUCAGAACAGGAGCGAAAUUUGUGAAGAGAAGUGAUACCAUCAAGAUUUGGUAAAACCUGGAUUGUUUUGUUUUCACCACUAGAUGUCAGUGUGACUUUUGUUUCACAGGUCAGUGAUAGAAUCCAUAAUCUAUUUGGAUUUUCUAAAGCAACUCUGUAUUUCAUCAUUUGUAAACAAUUAUCUAUAAGAAAAUAUUUGUUUUCUGAUAAAAUUAAAUUGCAGAAUAUUUUUUAUCUAUAAAA